AUGCUAACCAAGGAUGGCUUCGGAGUCGUCGUCCAAUCUGGGGCAGGUGCUGCCGCCAGCUUCACGGACGAGGCGUACGAGGAGGCCGGCGCUACCGUGGUGAAGGGCAGCGAGGCUUGGAAGGCCGAUAUAGUCGUCAAGGUUGAACCCCCUACCCCCGAGGAGGCCGCCCUUGUCGAGGCCCGCACGCUCAUCAGCCUGCUGUUCCCCGCUCAGAGCGGAGACCUCGUUAAGCAGCUGGAGGGGCAGGGGGCCACCGUGAUGGCCAUGGACUGCAUCCCGAGGACCCUUUCGCGAGGGCAGACUUACGAUGCUCUCAGCUCGCAGGCGAACAUUGCCGGGUACCGGGCCGUUAUCGAGGCCGCCCACGAGUUCGGCCGCCUGCUGUGCGGCCAGAUGACUGCCGCCGGAAACGUCAAGCCCGCCAAGGUGCUCGUGGUGGGUGCUGGCGUGGCCGGGCUGGCCGCCAUCGCGCAGGCUAAGGCUAUGGGGGCCGUGGUGAGGGCUUACGACGUCAGGCCCGUGGUGCGGGAGCAGAUCGAGUCGCUCGGCGCCGAGUUCCUGCAGGUGGAGUAUGAGGAGGACGGAAGCGGCGCAGGAGGGUACGCCAAGGAGAUGAGCGAUGGCUGGAAGGAGGCGGCGGCGGCGCUGUUCGCCAGGGUAUCGGCGGACUCGGACAUCAUCAUCACCACGGCGCUCAUCCCGGGGAAGCCGGCUCCUAAGCUCGUGACGUCCGAAAUGGUAGCCGGCAUGAAGCCCGGUUCGGUGACGGUGGACCUGGCGGCGGCGAACGGGGGUAACAUCGGCACCACGGUCAAGGACCAAGUCAUCGUCACCGAGAACGGGGUGACUUGUGUCGGGUACACGGACCUUCCAUCGCGCCUCCCGCAGACGUCGUCCCAGCUGUACGCCAACAACAUCGCCAAGCUCAUCCUUGCCACCGGGCCCCAGACGACCAAGGAUAAGGGGUACUGGUACAUCGAUCACGAGGACCCCGUGUCGCGGGGCAUGCUCGUCGUGGAGGAGGGCAAGCUCAUGUGGCCGGCACCGGUGGCCCCGCCGCCGCCCGCGCCGCCGGCACCGUCCGCCGCGGAGGCAGCUGCCGCAAAGAAGAAGGAGGAGGUGGCGACUGUGGCGGCGGCGGCGGAGGCCGAGCCGGUGGACCCUCAGGCGGCGGCGCUGGUGGACGGCGCUAAGGCCGCGCUCGGAGCCCUGGCGUUCGUUGCGCUGGGGGUGUCGAGCCAGGGCAGCCACGACUUCACGGAGAUGCUCACUAUCCUCACGCUGGCCUGCCUGGGAGGCUACCAGCUGGUGUACGGCGUAGCCCCUGCCCUCCACUCGCCCCUCAUGUCGGUGACCAACGCCAUCUCGGGAAUGACGGCCGUUGGAGGGAUGGUCCUUCUCGGGGGGGGGCUCUUUCCGGAGAACGCGGGACAGGCCCUCGGUGCUGCGGCCCUGCUGGUGUCCUCGGUCAACAUCGUUGGCGGUUUCCGCGUGACCAAGAAGAUGCUCGACCUUUUCAAGCGCCCCGGGGACCCGGAGGAGAACAACGAGAUCACCAUCGGGCUGCCCGUCGCCGUGGGGCUGGGCGCUCUCGCGGCCGGGGAGACGAUGGGCUACUCGGAGCUGUCCAACUUCGCCGGGCUUGCGUCGGCGGUCAUGUGCAUGCAGAGCAUCGGCGGGCUCUCCUCCCAGAGCACGGCCAGGUUCGGCAACGUUCUCGGGGUCGGCGGGGUUACCCUCGGCCUGGCGGCGACGGUCGGGCUCAUGUACCACGCCGGGGUCCCGCCGGAGGUGUUCGCGCAGAUGGCGGCGCUCAUGGGGGUGGGAGGCGUGGCCGGCUACGCCGUCGCGGGGAAGGUUGGACCUACGGAGCUACCCCAGACGGUGGCGGCUUUCCACAGCCUUGUCGGGGCUGCCGCCACGGCUACCGCCAUCUCGGAGUUGGUCGGACACCCACCGGAGGCGCUGGGCGCUAAGCUGACGAUCUACCUAGCAGCGGUGAUCGGCGCGAUAACCGCUACGGGGUCGGUGACGGCCUUCGCUAAGCUUCAGGGGAGCUUCACGCGAGAUAAACGUCAACAAAGGCUGGUGAGUUUCCCUGACGGCCCGACGAACCCGGAUGUUUUUGCGCUGCUCUCGAUUCCUCCCUAUAUUUAUUUUUUCGCGCAAACAGGCGGCGCCGACAUGCCCGUGGUGAUCACCCUCCUCAACUCGUACAGCGGGUGGGCGCUCUGCGCCGAGGGCUUCAUGCUCAACAACGACCUGCUGGCCAUCGUCGGCGCCCUGAUCGGCUCCAGCGGCGCGAUCCUCACGCAGAUCAUGUGCCAGGCCAUGAACCGGAACAUCUUCAACGUGAUCUCCGGCGGGUUUGGUACGGUCCAGAAGGCGCCGGCCGCCGGGGGCGACGCCGGGCCCGCGGGCGUGCACAUGGAGACCACGGCGGAGAGCGUGGCGCAGAAGAUGCUCAUGGCCAAGGGUGGGGGGGAACUUUCAAAGAAACCCCCCCAAACGGGGGGCAAGGGCCGGGUCGGGAUAAACCCCCUCCCGGGGGGGAAGCCCCGGGAACCUAAAGUUGUUCUGGGGGAAGGAGGGGGGGCCUACAAAAUCCUCCAAGAACUCGGGGAAUCCAUUCGGGAAAACUUUUAA